GAUAAUCUAGCCAUUCACCACUGAUUGACAGUUUUCCAAAGAUUUUCCUCUGUGAUAUCACAUUUACCAUGGCCUUUAGGAGUGGUUCUCUCGUUGUUGGACUACGUUAACUUGCUCGUCUUCUAUUUAAAUCAUCAGCCACCACGGGAGCAGGGUAUCAGACAAAGCCACAGCAAAAGUACCAAAGGCGAAACAAGGCUGAGAAAACAGGGCAGUCUUUUAAGUUUGGCAUUGGGGUGGGAUACGUGAAGAAAAACCCCAAAUAUCGGGACGGACACGAUUCGGUCUCAUUUCAACGACCCCGCCCCCACGCGGGGGAAAUCAAAGUUAAGGAGUUGCUGCUCAACAGCUUCAUAAGCCCAUACUAGGACUCGUUCAUUAGGAUCGUCUGUCUAUUGCCAUCUUUAGAAGGAAGGCAAGUCUUCCUAAUGAUUGUGUCAAUUCUCUGUUCCUGGUGAUUAGUUGCCUUCAGACACUGGAUCUACGGGUGAGGGCUCCGUAGUGGACCUGUGUUCCGGCCUCGUGGCAAUAUAAAUGAUUAAGAGGAGCAAAGGACGUUAAGGGACUACAAUCCCUAUUUGACUCGAUACGAUUAUCUUAGUCCUCAUUACCCGAGUUAAAGUUUGAGAUAUGCCUACAUCACGAACCAUCUCCAUUGUUGGAUGUCAUGCCGAGGGUGAAGGCGGCGAUGUGAUAAUCGGCGGGGUACUCGAUGUCCCGGGGAAGACCAUGUUCGAGAAGCGACAGCAUUUCCUAUACAGGCAAGAUGAGCUAAGGUCUCUUCUGCUCAACGAGCCUCGAGGACGACCAGGCAGACACGUGAACCUUGUCCUCCCACCGUGCGAUCCCCGCGCUGAUGUCGGGCUGUUGAUUAUGGAAAACGAAGAAUAUGCACCCAUGUCCGGUUCCAACUGUAUAUGCACGGUCACCGUACUCCUCGAAACUGGCAUGAUCCCGAUGAAGGAGCCCGUGACCGAGCUUACGCUUGACACGGCGGCCGGACUUGUCAAAGUGCGGGCUCAAUGUCAGGGAGGCAAAUGCAGGAGCGUCGCCUUUGAUAACGUUCCAUCCUUCGUGUUCCAGCUCGAUUACAAGAUCGACAUUCCUGACCUGGGCACCGUAUCGGUCGAUAUUGCCUACGGAGGCAUGAUGUACAUACUCGUUGAUGCGGCAUCCCUUGGUCUGAAAAUCCGGAACGCCGAUGGCCCACAGCUAGUCGAGGUCGGUGAGAAGAUCAAGAAGGCACUUAACGCAACUUACACCCCGGCACAUCCCGAGAACCCCGAUAUCUUUGGCUAUAGUGUUUUGCAGUUCACUGAACCUCUUGAAGAGCUUCCGGAUGGCAGCGGUAAGACGGCUGUCAAUACAGUUGUCAGUUCGCCGGGCAGAUUCGAUAGAAGCCCCUGCGGCACAGGUAGCUCUGCCCGUCUAGCCGUCAUACACGCUCGAGGACAGAUUGCCGUCGGGGAGAAGUUCGUGCACCGGAGUAUCUUGGGAACUGAGUUUAUCACGCAUAUCAAUGGGACGACUAAUGUUGCUGAUUAUCCGGCCGUUUUGUCCACUGUCCAGGGUCGGGCGUGGAUUACGGGUUAUCAGACGGUUGUGCUCGACUCGGAGGAUCCUUUCCCUCAAGGUUACCGUGUGGGUGACCAAUGGCAUGGCAUGAUUUAAAGUAUGGUUACUCAGUAGCUGGUAUUACAUUUUUAAAUGAGUGGUGUAUUGACCUGAUGAAGAUAGGAAUGUAACAAGGGCGUUCAACAGUGUCCACCAUGAAAGUCCUCGAGUUCUAUAGAUCAUUAAAACCUGGACUGAAUAUAUUCUUCAUCGCGAACUAUCCUGAACCGUGGCAACGUAUUAAAUGAUUCUGCUCUUGAAUAACAAUUAAGACGGCAAUAACAUAACAUACAGGUGAGAGAGACACCCACAGCACCUAAAAUAGCGAUACCAAGCUAUUGUCACAGCGACAAUGUCGUACACGAUGAGCGGGCCAAGUCAAGCAUGUCAACCUCAGGGCAACACCUCCAUCCCUUCUCAGCAAAUACGCCCUCGAACCAUCACCCAGACCAGUUCAAUUUGUGCCCCAACUUGAACGCUCGGAAUUUAGCAUGGUCAGAUCCUCAGCUCGAGCGACAGACUGGUAUGUUCCUCUAUUAAUGAUGAGGGUGGUUGUACUCGGAUCCAAUGUGGUUCCUAGCUUGCAUUACACACAUUGGUUGUGAGUGACGAGUCAAGCCUGGUUAGUAGAUAGAUCUAGGCCUGCCCCGUAUCUACUGUGGCAUGUAUGAUUAAGCAGUAAUUGUACACAUGGAGCCCGUAUCCCAAUGGGAGGUCCGAUUAUAAAUAAGCGUGCAAUAGUUACACUCGAUUGUUCGACA